CAUCAAAGAAAUUGCAUCAAUUAUAAAUUAUUUAGGUACACAUAGAAAUUGUAGAACAUUUUUCCUUUAUAAGUUACAUUAAAAGAAAAGUGGUGAACUAAAAGAAUCAACUACUGUAUAUAUGCUACCGAAUAAAUAAAUAGAAACGUCAGUAUACACACAGCACAAAUCAUGAAAAAACAGGAAGAUUUGCUAUCAGAUUUGAUAUCCUUAAAGCGGCAACUCACAACGACGCUUCGAGAAAAUCAACUAUUCAAAAUAAACAUUCAUAAACUUCAAAGUAAUAUUUACAAAAAAGAUAAAGAAAUCGAGUAUCUGGAAAGACUCAAGAACAGAGAGAUUGGUAGUAAGCUUAACGAUCGUGAAAGUGAUACUGUGUUAAAACUUUUAAAGCGUAACGAGGAACUUGAAGAAAUGUUCAGGAAAAUAGAAAUGAAAAAACAAAAACGUUAUAAGGAAAUGAAAAUGAUGUGUCUUUACGGUCGGCCGAAUUUCAAAAAGAAGAGCGAAUUUGUAGCAAAGAAGACGAGCUAUGUGAACAUGGAGGAGAAAAAUAAAUUGUACUCCGAAAUCGAAAAACUUUCUACAGCAAUUAAAGGACUAGAACGAGAACGAAAGCAAGAUAAGCGACAGAUACGGUUAACAAAUGCAGAAAUUUUACAUUUAAGAAUGGAAUUGAAAAAAUCUAAAGAAUUAAAUAAACAAAAUGAGAUUACACGUUCUGGAUCACUACCUAUGGAAAGUACAUGUUCAAGUAUCCAAAAGCUUGAAGUUGUGAAGGAAAAAUCCGAAGAUUCUGAGGUUGAAUUAUCUUCGGAUAUAAUUAACAGAAAGCCACUGUUACCAGUGCCGUCAAAUAAGACGAAAAUUGAAUAUGUGUAUGAUUCGGAAGUCAGCUCCGACGGCGAGGAUAUAUAUCUUUCAAAUCAUUUAAGAAGUUUUCUUCAGCAAGUCGUGAUUGCAGUUUCCAGCGAAGCCGAUGACGAUUAGAAAUAAUAAUUUAUAUGCAGAGUUAAAGGGAAUAGAUAAGUACGUUUUGUAAUAA